AUGGUUAAAGUGGUGCAACCUCCUAUCGGCUGCAGGAUAAUUAUAGAACUGCCGCGGCGGCGGAGCUGUCACCGUGUAUUAGCGUGUCAUAGUCAUGACGGUACUUACCGCCAACGCCGGGAUCAGGGGAUUCAGGAAAAGAACCGCGUCGGUUUGGAGGUUGGCAGGAAGAUCCCCUCUCUACAGGGUACCGAGACAUCCGUAGCCAUGGAGGCCGCUCCUCUCACGUUGGCUCAUACCCACGCUCGCAAUGCAGUUCUCGAGACUCGCAAGUCGAAUCCUGUAGCUGCCAGCGAAGAACAUGAUUUAGCUGCAGGUGAAUUUGCGACUGCGGCCCAGAAGAGCUCUGAUCAAGAGGCCUUGCGGACCCUUCAAUUGCUCGAACAACACCACAAGAAGCUCGCCCAGAUUCUACGGUUUCAGCAUGAAAACCCUCCCAGCACCGCGAGUGCCAAUGCAAAUGCCCAACUACUGGCGACGGAAUCGGGGACGAGAUCGUCCGCAUCUGCUGCAGAUCAACAACAGCCCCCAAGGCUAUCCGGACAUCCUCGUCUACCAUCAAGGGAAUCGUCCUCCAUUGUCAGCAACCUUGCAUCAGCACGAGGCAUCCCCUCGCAGCCACGCCGCGCCUCUCCGGCAUCGCCGACAAUCACUCCUCAGCAAGCAGGAGCAAAAAUGACUGAGGGACCGACGAAGGUCAGAACGAGCGAGUCACGACUGCGGGGCGCUCAAAUGCAAGGGACCAAGGAGCGUCUGAAUCGUAUCUCUGUGUCAAAGCAAUCUUGGACCCCGCCAGCACCCAGUCCUACCGAUAUCACGUCGCAGCAAUUCGCCCCUCCGGAGCAUUCUGAGCCCGUGCGCCCGAAGGCUCGAGCCCCGCUCACGGAAGAACAGCCUUUCCAGAAGUUCUAUUCCACCUUUGAAGGCCUGAUCUCCAAGAUCUCUGCACCAUUGGCAUUUGCGGGUCUCCCUCUAGGCUCCGAAGCUUCCGAACCCACCAGCCGCAAAUCCGCCCCGGACACCAAGACAGAUCGCUACAACGCUAUAUCUGAUCGGCCAUCUCAGUCUGCCGAGCCGGAUAUCAAUAGGAUAUUCUCACGUGCAGCCCUACAAGCGAUCAAAGAUACAACAGGCAGUACAACAGGAAGUACAGCGGAAUCGUUCUACGUCGUGCCCACGACCGGCGGGACAGUCUCAUACGCGGGGAUCCUGACAAGAGCAGAAAAGGAGGCUCGACGAAGCAGUUUCGAGGACGGCGACGAGGACUUCGUGGACGCACGCGAGACCCCACCAUCUCCAGAAAUGCGCCAAAGCCUAUCCGGAGCGCAAGGCAAGGCGGCCCGAACCGGCGACAAGUUCAACAGUCUCCAAAAUCCGAAAACUAUGGAGGAACUGCAAAUGGAAAACCAGGCCCUGAGACAUUUAUCCGACACACUAUCCAAGCGCCUGCACAUGUGGGAGGUCAACGCGCAGUCAUCCUCCAUCGCCCUGCAGCAGUCCCUGAAAGCAAUGCACCAUCAGACCAUCUCGCCUGUCGAGCAUCCGUCCCAACUUCCAUCUGUGGCUGCAUCAACCGUCACCGGCGGCCUUUCAUCACCCCCCAUCGCAGAGCAGGAGCAGCGGAUCAAAGAGCUCGAAGAAAUGGUCCGACGCGGCGAGAAGGAACUCAACAAAGUAGGUCGCGAGAACGACAAGCUGCGGGACGUCCUCGGUCGUUAUCGAGAACGAUGGGAAAAGCUGAAGGAGGGCGCCAAAACCCGACGAGCAACAGCAGGGGCAGGUAGCUCGGCUACCACAUCUUCUGGUCAACCUCAACCUGUCCGAAGACCAAGCACUCUGGCAGAUACAGAAGACACUCAAUCCAAAACAGGGGGAGAGACGUCAACAGCGGAUAACUCGAACAACGAACGGGAGGUAUCGGAUCAGUGA